GAUAACGAAGACGUUCCGAUAAGACAAACACCGUACACACUGAAAGCACAAGGGAUAUUUUUGUUUCUUGUUGAAUUUCGUUGUAAUAUGCAGCGUUAUCCUAACUCAUCGUUUGAAGCACACAGCAGAAGUGAACAACGUUCUGUUGUUUAUAGGGGACACACUCCUGACCCAUAUUCUCCAACAGGACAUGGUUAUGGCGGAUCAACACAGUAUGGAAUGUCCAGGGAAACGAGGGAAACAUCUUUUGUAAGUGAAGGAUAUAGACACAAUCCACAAUCAAUCCAAUCAAUUGACCAAUAUCCCAAUGACAGAUUGGACCAUUCUUAUCACCGUGACAACACCCAGGCAAUAGAACCACCAGGUAUGGGUAGCCCAUCUAGUGGAGGACCGUAUGUCGAGUCACCGUCAUCUUCUUCAAUGGACGAAACACAAGUGCAAACGACAUCCAGUGAAAUGAUGGAAAGGGCUCAUGUAAAUGAAGGAUAUAUGCAUAGACCACCAUCUAUCCAAUCAAUCGAACAAAAUCCUACCAAUAGGAUGGACCAUGCUUAUCAAUAUAACAACCCCCAAGCAAUGGAACAACCAGGUAUGGCUAAUCCAUGCAAUCAUGGAAUAUAUGUUAUGCCACCUUCUUCUCCUACAAUGGACGGUGCACGAGAGGGGGAAAACAAAAAGCAUCGAAAGACAAAACGAGAUUCAAUUCGUGUUAUCCUUACCAGGGUUUGCUCAGCUAUAUUGGUUAUCACAGACUGUGUCUUUGACUGGAUGCAGUCUAAUGAUAUGACAACACCCUCCGACAUUAUCUCAGAUAUUUCUGGUCUUCACGGUUUUACGCCACACCCUAUAAAAGAAUGCACAAGUACAGAGGAUAUCGCAGAGAAGUAUAAAUAUUUUACCAUUGCGGGAACAGUUCUCUCAGUAAUCCAACUGGCUAAUAUCAUCUUCCAAAUUUACAGCGAGGUUCAGUUCAUGAGGGAGAAAAAGCAGGCGGUUGAAGGCAACGAUAGCACUCAGAAGAAAAUGAGGGAUAAGAUUUUGAAAUAUCCUAAAAAAUUACUGGAUGGUAGAACCGAAACUCUUUAUUCUGUUUUAUUCAUAGAAAUUCCGCAAGGACUUCUUCUCCUCCGUUACCAAGAUGCGUGUGUAUCUCUUUGUGGCAAGGAAUUAAAGGGUAAACAUUUAUCUAAACGUAUUUGGUCUGCCGCUAAUGGAGGUAUUGCACUUUUGAACAAUGCUUUUCGUUAUCUUACAUGCUCUCUAAUGUGUGAAGAAGAAGUUGAGGAAGAUGACAAACCCGGAUGUUGCAGCGGUGGUGGAGGAGGAAAGUGUGUUGGCUGUAUAAGAUGUCUCUUCAAAUGCCUUUGUCCCUGUUUAUGCUGCUUCCAUCGAUACGAAUGCCUUAUGUGUGGCUGUUGGAUUUGUGGAAAGAAAUGCAUCUGCGAUAUGUGUCAAUGCUAUACUGAACCGUGGUAUUGUAAGGUAUUUUGUGGAAUUUGUACUUUUCACUACUGUCCACUUGUUGACCCUGAAAAACCAAUGGGAGCUCAAAAAUGUUGCGAUGUGACAAGCCAGUGUUUUAACUGUUCAAAUGGAUGUUCUGAUCUUUUUGAUUAUGAACCGCUUGUAUUUAACACCUCUCUUGCUACGCUAUUCAAUGGCGUGUAUGUGUUUGUGUAUUUUGGGAACAUAUGCAGCAUAUUUUGUCUUGAGUUGGAUUAUCCAAUCAUUAAAGUUAUUAUCGAUUGGAUACUGUCCGCCGUGUCCACCUUGGCCACCACAAUAUUUUAAUGAAGCAUGUGGCGAAAAACUAAAGAUGUGCAUGGUGUCAGUAUUUGUAAAUGUGUGAUAGCUAACAAAACAGUACACUGUAUUUAUUCCCUAUUAUAAUCAGA